GUUGUCUGUGAUUUGCCUCGCAUUAAAGAAGCUAUCGAAUUCAGCGCCAAAUACAAGGAUCGCAUUCUGUAUGUCCCUUUCUCGACCCUUGAAUCGUACUUCUUCUAUUUAGAUGAGAUAAGUCGACAAUUGGCGCCUUUAAAAGCACGAGCAUUGCUGUACUUAGCGGCGGCGGUGUCGGACUUUUACAUCGAAGAAGAACAGAUUCCAACACACAAGAUACAGUCUGGUGAUGGUGGACUAAAUCUACGCCUCAGUCUUGCACCUAAAGCUAUCGAUAAAAUUGUCAACAAACUGGUGCCGAAGGCCUUCAUCAUAUCGUUCAAGUUGGAGACUGAUGAUUCAAUACUGAUAUCGAAAGCACGUGGAGCGUUAGAGAAGUACAAGCAUCAGUUGGUGAUUGGUAAUAUUCUGCAAACAAGGAAAGUCCAUGUGGUGCUUGUGGAUGCUCAUAAUACGGAGGACAUCGACCUGAGUCAG